AUGUUCAUUUCCAUCUCCACGACGUUCCCGCUGGCCUUCAUGGUCACUUUGGCCUGGGCCUUUGGUAAGGACAGCCCGAGCCCCGGCUCCCCCAUCCAGGGCCACGGCAUCUUCAUCCCGCGCUGGGUGGUGCCGUCUCCCGACGGCAGCGGCAAGACACUCUCUCUCCGCGGCACCGUCGAGGAGGUCGCCGCGCAGAUGCGCGGCCUGGGUGCCACCUUUGACAUUGACGACGACUUCGGCAAGAUCGCGACGCCCGCCAUCGAACGGCGCGCCGUCUUCACCGAUGAGAAGCCCACGCUGUGCCACAACUUCGGCGAGGGGAACCGGACGGCGGUGCACGUGGGCAUCGACUACCUGAGGACGGUGGGCGGGCGCCCGCAGAACGGUGCCGGACCGGCGAAUUGCGGGCGGGUGAGCUGUCGGCACGAUACGGGCAUCUGGUGGUGCAAUGACGCCAAGAGCUCCAAGGAGCUGGAAUCCUUCGCCGACAUCGCCGAUGGCGCCCAGCGCGUGUUGGACAAGUGCCUGGACAAGCUGGACGCGAAACAGGGUGACGGCAAGACCGUCAGCGGGCAGGCUUUCCACAAGGACGGCUGGAACGUCGUCAUCCGGGGCGGCGACGACUGCGAGAAUUCCGCCGUCAACAUCAACAGUAGAUGA